CAAAAAACGGAAAACACACAAAAUAAAUACAAAAAUUAACUUUUAAGCAAAAUCUAAAGGAAAAAAAAUUUUUGCGUACUGCAGAUAAACACCAUUAAUUGAGCGUUUUAUUUUAAGCACAAAUUAAUUAAACAACAACAAUCGCUUUUAAUUAAAACGAUUGUAUAAAUACACCGCCAAACAGGGAUAGCAACAACAACAACCGUAAAAAACCAACACAACAAUAUUUCAUAGCGCAAAGUUAUAACGCAACAAAAAAAAAGUUAAUCAAAAUGGAAGCAAUUGCCAAACACGACUUCUCAGCAACUGCCGAUGACGAAUUGAGUUUCCGCAAAAGCCAAAUUUUAAAGAUUUUAAACAUGGAAGACGAUUCAAAUUGGUAUCGUGCCGAACUAGACAGUAAAGAGGGUCUCAUACCCAGCAACUAUAUAGAAAUGAAAAAUCAUGACUGGUACUAUGGCCGCAUCACACGUGCCGACGCUGAGAAAUUGCUCUCAAAUAAACAUGAAGGUGCAUUCUUAAUACGCAUUAGCGAAUCCAGUCCUGGCGAUUUCUCAUUAUCAGUCAAAUGCCCCGAUGGUGUGCAACAUUUCAAAGUUUUACGCGACGCACAGGGUAAAUUCUUCCUUUGGGUUGUUAAAUUCAACUCGCUCAACGAGCUGGUGGAGUAUCAUCGAACCGCAAGCGUAUCGAGAUCGCAAGAUGUCAAAUUAAGAGAUAUGAUACAUGAAGAGAUGCUCGUGCAAGCAUUAUAUGAUUUUGUGCCACAAGAAUCUGGUGAAUUGGACUUCAGACGCGGCGAUGUCAUCACCGUUACAGAUCGAUCUGAUGAGAAUUGGUGGAAUGGUGAGAUCGGCAAUCGGAAAGGCAUCUUCCCAGCAACCUAUGUAACGCCAUACCACUCAUAAUAGAAUAGAAACUCGUAAAUAAUGAAUAUAUAAAGGAAAAUUUAAAAUAAAUGAAAGAAAAUUAAAAACAAAA